AUGUGGGUGGCGACCUCAGUGGCCGUUCCACUUGGUGAUUCUACAAACGGAGAGGAUCGUCAACGUAGGUACGGAAGUCGUGCGACCAGUCUCUAUAUCUCAGACAUUUAUAAAAUGUUCGUUGUAGCUGGAUCAACAGUCCUACCGGUGUAAGGUUCAUUGCAUUCAUGACUAUACAUGUGCUCCUCAAAUACUGACAUUUCAGUAUCUUGCUCGACCGUGCAUAAAUCGUGGAACGCGAGGAUCGUUAACCUUUUAACCAUGUAACGAAGAAUGUUUUGCAAUUGUGAUUCGUGAACUGCGUAGAUACACGUAUCGAUCGAAUCGGUAUUUAAAUUUUCUGUUCAAUGUAUCCCCGAUGUAACAAUGAAUUAAUGAAUAUCUUUUAUUUCAUCUAGUAAAAUGAAAUACUUUGUAUAAAAUAAUAAAUAUUUCUUGCUUGAUAUUUCCAUUUGCGAAAGUUAAAAUUAAUUUAAAUGAUUCCAGGAAAAUCUCUGCUUCGUCCCUUCGGUGAAGUUUUUUGUUUCAACUGCGUGAAGUAAUUAAUUAAAAAUAAUAAUUAUGUUACUGCUUCUUGCGAUCUUCUGGUUCCUUCUCUGCGAAUUUCUAUUUUAAACGUUUCUUCUCUCUUUGAUUUGGCAGUUUGCAUCGGUACCAAUGGCCGCCUCUCCGUUCCAUCCAACAAACAGCAUCACUAUCGGAACCUUCGAGACCGGUACACCAACUGUACUUAUGUCGACGGUAACCUGGAGAUCACGUGGCUGCAGAAUGAGACAUUCGACCUCAGUUUCCUCCAGUAUAUACGAGAGGUCACCGGUUAUGUGCUCAUCAGCCACGUGGACGUCAAGAAGGUUGUUCUGCCGCGAUUGCAGAUCAUACGGGGCAGGACUCUCUUCAAGCUUACCAUUCAUGACAUUGAGUUCGCCCUGUUCGUCACGAUGUGCCAAAUGCAGAACUUGGAGAUGCCGGCCCUCAGAGAUAUCCUCAACGGGAGCGUGGGCAUAUACAACAACUACAACCUGUGCCACAUCCAAAAGAUCAACUGGGACGAAAUAAUCACCGGGCCGAAUGCAACGUACUCCUACGUGUACAAUUUCACGUCGCCGGAACGCGCCUGUCCGCCAUGCGAUAAGAGCUGCGAGCAAGGCUGCUGGGGCGAGGGGCCUGAGAACUGUCAGAAAUACUCCAAGACAAACUGUUCGCCUCAGUGUUGGCAGGGCAGGUGCUUCGGGCCCAAUCCGCGCGAGUGUUGCCAUCUUUUUUGCGCCGGUGGCUGCACAGGCCCGAAACAGAGCGACUGCAUCGCAUGCAAGAACUUCUUCGACGACGGCGUAUGCACGCAGGAAUGUCCGCCCAUGCAGAAGUACAAUCCUACGACGUAUUCGUGGGAGCCUAAUCCCGACGGGAAGUAUGCAUACGGUGCAACCUGCGUGAGAAGAUGUCCGGAACAUCUUCUGAAAGACAACGGGGCUUGCGUGAGAUCGUGUCCACCGAAGAAGAAGGCGCUGAACGGAGAAUGCGUGCCCUGCGACGGACCUUGCCCGAAAACCUGCGAGGGCGUGGAGAAAGUGCAUUCCGGGAACAUCGACAGUUUCAAGGACUGCACCAUCAUCGAAGGAUCGAUCACGAUCCUCGACCAGAGCUUCCAGGGAUUCCAACACGUGUACCCGAACUUCAGUUUCGGCAAACGUUACGAGAAGAUGCAUCCGGACAAGCUGGAGGUGUUCAGCACGUUGAAGGAGAUCACCGGGUAUUUAAAUAUUCAAGGAGAUCACAAGGAUUUCAAGAAUCUGUCGUACUUCCGCAAUCUGGAGGUGAUAGGGGGAAGAAGUCUGACCGAUUACUUCGCGUCGUUGUACGUGGUGAAGACGUCGUUGGUCUCGUUUGGGCUCAGAUCGCUCAAGAAGAUCUACUCUGGAACGAUAGCUAUAUUGGAGAACAAGAACCUGUGCUACGCGCAGAGUAUUAAUUGGACCAACAUCAAGAAAUCGUCGGAGCACGGGAGCUUGUUGUCGAAUAAUCGGAACGAAAGCGAGUGCAUAAAAGAUGGCUUAAUAUGCGACGAGCAAUGUUCCGACGAAGGUUGUUGGGGGCCCGGUCCGGCACAAUGUUUAUCCUGCAAGAACUUCAUCCUAGGGAACGAUUGCGUCCAAGACUGCACCGCGCCAGGGAUACUACUAUGAAUGGGUGAGUCCUCAAGAGCAAGGAGCACUGAAACUUCUGGCAGGCAAGGCCGUGUGCCGCAAAUGUCACUCACGGUGCAAGAAGUGCACGGGAUACGGUUUUCACGAGCUCGUAUGCCAAGAAUGUACAAAAUACAAGAGAGGUGAACAGUGCGAAGACGAAUGCCCCGCGGAUCACUUCACGGAUGCUGAUACUCAGCUCUGUAUACCGUGCAACAGCGAGUGUCGAGGAUGCUUUGGACCCGGCCCGAAUCAAUGUUACAAAUGUCGGAACUACAAGAUCUAUAUUGACGAAAAAGAGAUGAUACGAAAUCUCGCGUCAGCCAUGGACGGACCCGAGGCUUUGGUAGACGCUGACGAGUAUCUACAACCGAAAUCUAGGGCUCCUAUUCCGCCAGGACUUUCAGCAUCCAGCACUUCCGGCUCUCCGCCAAACACACCCGUGAAAGCUUGCUGGCCAAAUGGAAAACCAUUGGCCACUGAUUCACCCACACCUCAGAACCAACAAAAUCUAGACCGAGAGUUGUUGAGGUACGGCGCGAAUCAUAGAAAUGGGAACAUAUCGCACGAACCAGGAAAUUCCGGUCAACACGGGCAUUACGCGCCUCCAAAUGGUCAUUGCGGGCAUAUCAGUGGCUCGGACACUACUAGUUCGAGAUAUUGUUCGGACCCGUUGAAAAUGAUCGUUGUUAGAGACUGCGACGUGACAGACGAUUGUUUCGACGGCGAAAUAAAUUCUGCGCACCAGCAAGCCCAAGUAGGUAAUCUGAAGCUCGACUUGCCAUUAGACGAAGAUGAUUAUUUGAUGCCAUCGCCACAAUUGCCAACAAACACCACGCAAUACAUGGAUCUCAUAGGGGACUCGAAACCGACGGAAAUGGAACCAAAGCGAGUGAACAACGGUUAUCGAAAGUAUCCCGAAUUCCUAACUAUCCAAGGGAAGACGUCGUUGGAUAAUCCCGAGUACAUAAUGUCGCAGGACGAAGGACCAUUAACGCCGCAAACUUUAGGUAUCCCAACGCCUGACCUAGAAAAGGUUCUAACGAACGGAACGUUCGGCUCUCAAGUGAGACAAAGAAGCUCGGAAGAAGAAUCUGAUCACGAGUACUACAACGACUUCGAUCGUCUAGAACGAGAAUUACAGCCGCUGAAACCCCUCAGGAAGAACGAGACGACCGUUUGACUUCGCGAUUCCUGAAAAAAAAAAAAUCUACGUUGUAAUACGGACUGGUCCGUUCUAGUUAGAAUUCGGAAAGCCGGGUGUCGUUCGUCGAUCGAAGAUGCAAUCUCGAAGGCAAACAAGUCCGGCUCCUCGUGCUGCUCGAGGAAACUUCACAGUGUACUUAGAAAGGACACUUCGCUGAAAAGUGCCGUGCUUUAUUGUGAUUAGACGUAAAACGUGUGAAACCUGUGCUAAUUUCUGUUCUCAGCAAGCUGACUGUCGUCAAGGAAUAAAAAAAGAAGAAACUCAUGUGUCUCACGCGUCAUGAACUGUAAAACGCGCGUACGAUAAACAAGUAGUGCAAAGAUAAUCUUAAUGUGCCAUUUACCGUGGCUUGUAAAUAAAAAAAAAAAAAAAAAAA